AUGGACAGCGGCGCGCUCCCCGCCAACGCCAGCGACUGCUCCGACCCCUUCGCCGCGCCCGCCGGCUGCUCCCCGGCCCCGGGUCCCGGCGCCUGGGCCAACCUGUCCCGCCCCGAUGGCAACCUGUCCGACCCGUGCGGUCCCAACCGCACCGAGCUGGGCGGGAGCGACGGCCUGUGCGCCCCGGCCGGCAGCCCCUCGGUGCUCACGGCCAUCACCAUCAUGGCCCUCUACUCCGUCGUGUGCGUGGUGGGGCUCUUCGGAAACUUCCUGGUCAUGUACGUGAUCAUCAGAUACACCAAGAUGAAGACAGCUACCAACAUCUACAUCUUCAACCUCGCUCUGGCAGACGCCUUGGCCACCAGCACCCUGCCCUUCCAGAGUGUCAACUACCUGAUGGGCACGUGGCCCUUCGGAACUGUCCUCUGCAAGAUCGUCAUCUCCAUUGACUACUACAACAUGUUCACCAGUAUCUUCACCCUCUGUACCAUGAGCGUGGAUCGCUACAUUGCCGUCUGCCACCCUGUCAAGGCCCUGGAUUUCCGCACCCCCCGGAACGCCAAGAUUGUCAAUGUCUGCAACUGGCUCCUCUCCUCUGCCAUCGGACUGCCUGUGAUGUUUAUGGCAACCACAAAAUACAGGCAUGGCUCGGUGGAUUGCACCCUCACCUUCUCCCACCCGACCUGGUACUGGGAGAACCUGCUGAAGAUCUGCGUCUUCAUCUUCGCCUUCGUCAUGCCCGUGCUCAUCAUCACGGUGUGCUACGGGCUGAUGAUCCUGCGUCUCAAGAGCGUGCGCAUGCUCUCGGGCUCCAAGGAGAAGGACCGCAACCUGCGGCGGAUCACCAGGAUGGUGCUGGUGGUGGUGGCCGUGUUCAUCGUCUGCUGGACGCCCAUUCACAUCUACGUCAUCAUCAAAGCCCUGGUCACCAUCCCAGAAACCACCUUCCAGACGGUCUCCUGGCACUUUUGCAUCGCCCUGGGCUACACGAACAGCUGCCUGAACCCAGUGCUCUACGCGUUCCUCGACGAGAACUUCAAACGCUGCUUCCGAGAAUUCUGCAUCCCCAGCUCCUCCACCAUGGAGCAGCAGAACUCCACUCGCGUCCGUCAGAACACUCGAGACCACCCCUCCACGGCCAACACGGUGGACAGGACCAACCACCAGCUAGAAAAUCUGGAAGCAGAAACCACUCCAUUGCCCUAACCGAGUCUUAUCCAGACCCUCACUGAGCUUACAAGC